AUGGUGCAGAAGCGGUACUUAGCCCUGGUGGGGCUGUUGGUGCUUGGCGCCACCUCUUCGGUGCUGCUGAGGCGACAGCGAAAGGUGCAGCGUGAGCGUCGAGAGUUUGCUGAGCGGUACGUGAAGCAAAUAAAAGCGGCCCGUGAGGCGCACGCUCAGUGCUUGAAUGGUGGAAGCGCCUCGCAGGACUCGGGAGACAUUAGCGACGCCGACCUUGACGAUGAGUCCGCGACUGUGAAGGUUAUUUAUGGCAGCGAGUCUGGCAAUGCCGAGGCGCUGGCGAAGGGCUUCGUCAUGACACUGCGCGACCGCGGCGUCCAGGCAGCUCUCAUUGACCCUAGCCGUUGGAGCUACAUGGAGGACUACUUGUACCACAAUAAGCGGAACGUGCCACUGUUUCACCCCAUCAAGGUAACUUCUCCCAAUAGUCACACUGCCAAGAAGAAGCUCUGCAAAACUCCUGAGAAGGCGAAAGAGUCGAGUCCGCCGCUGGUGUACAUCUUCAUUGUCGCGACAGCUGGUGAGGGCGAUCCAACUGGUAACUUCAUGGCUCUUUUCCACGAAAUGCAGGCGGCGGUGCGGCGAGCUACCACUGACAAGGUAUCUACCCAGUCUAGUGACGCGGCUGCACCUGCGGCGCCGUUUUCCGCUACAGCGGAGGCGCCAUUCAAGAACAUCUACUACGCAGUGUUUGGUCUCGGGGACAGUUCCUACAAGUAUUACUGCCGUUCCGCCACGGACACGAACACGCUCCUCAAAAAAGGCGGCGGCAUUAGCGUGCAUCGCGUCGGCUUUGGCGACGCUCGCAACGGCAUGCAGGAAGACGUCUUCGACGAGUGGCAGGAGAAGGUGAUGCUGGCACUGGAAGAGAAGUGUGGUCUGGAGAUGACAACUGGCACGCGUGCACCGCCAAAGCCCGAGCUGCAGUUCCGCUUCCUGUCUUCCGCUGCAGCGACGACGGCAGCCACCACGUCCACCACCCCUCAGGCAUGCCCUUGUGGCGCCACCGCGGCUACAGCAGCGCCAAGCGCGCCUGUCGUCACCGACAACGCGGCCCCGAACCACAGAGCUCUCUCAAGCACCGCAAUACCGAGCAGCAGCGUGGAAGCGGAAAGCACGAGCGCACCACCCCUCUCACUCCCAUUUCCGCCGCCACCGAUGCUGCUGGAGCCGUCACUGAUGAACCCCACAAGGAUCCGCCUGGUAACGAAGACGCAGCUGACCCAGCCGCGCGACAGCGACGGCAGCAGUGUCUACUGCUUCUGCUUUGAGUCGGAGGGCACGGGCAUCUCGUACCAAGCGGGCGACCAUCUUGGGAUCUUUCCCACGAGCCCGCCGGAUAUGGUGGCGCGUUACGCUAAGGCUCUCUCCAUCCCAGCAGACGAGCUGGAGACGUCGGUGGAACUGUGCGAGACGGUGCCGUCGCGCGGAAUUCUGCGCAACGUGCUUCCGGCCUGUGUACCUUUGCGGGUGGUACUGCAGCGCUACGUGGAUCUGUGCGGCCGUCCAAAGAAGUCGACCUUGCGCGUUCUCGCCAAGUACUGCACGGACCUGGUUCAGAAGGAGGCCUUCCUCGACCUUCUCCGUCUCCCCGCAGAGAAGGAGGUGGAGGAGACUGGUGCGAGGACCUCCUCUGCGCGGAAGCCGAAGAAGCUGCGCACCGUUGUGGACUACCUCGAGAAGUUCCCCAGCUGCUGCUGCAUUCCGCUUGGCCACUUCAUCGAGAUCAUGCCGCGCACACAGCCGCGCUACUACUCUAUCGCGUCGGACCGUAUGUCCCACGGCACCAAGGUCGAGAUUAUCGUGCGAGUGCUCACGGACGGGCUGGCCAGCUCCUACCUCGCCCACCGGGUCGAGGAAGGGGAGGAGGUGUUCGCUUACGUUUGCAUCAGCGCCUUUCAUCUUCCGCAGCGCAUUGGAGAAAACCGCCCGAUACUGAUGAUUGGUCCUGGCACCGGUGCUGCUGCUAUGGUGGGGCUUUGCUACAAGAAGGAGGCCCUAAUGCGAAAGCAACCGGCGGCCCAGUACGGCCCAACCGUCUUCCUCUUCGGUGCGCAGUAUCGCCAAACCGAGUACUUUGUGGAGGAGGAGUUGCAGCGCUGGUCCAUGGCGCCGGCAGAGAUGAGGCAAUGGGACAUUAAUCACCCCACUUCUCACGCCGGGCUGGCAGCACGCCGUAGCAAGACGCACUCGACGGAGCCACUCUCCAACUCGGUCAUCACGAUGGUAGAUUGCGCCUUUAGUAGAGAUCAAGCGGAAAAAAUAUACGUCACGUCUCUCAUCGAUAAGCACAAGGAUCUCCUCUACGGGAUGCUCACAAGCACCUCCGGCGGCGGCUGCCUCAUCUUCUUGUCCGGUGAUGCAUCCUGCAUGGCGAAGGACGUGGACCGGGCACUGGUGGCGCUGCUGCAGGACCGCGGAGGCAUGACGCGCAUGGCAGCUAUUGAGUAUCUGCGGCGCAUGGAGAGCGACCACCGCUAUCUCAAGGAUGUGUACUAG